AGGAAACAGAGAGAGAAAAAAAAAAGUUUAAAGAUACCGACUUUUAACUGAAACAGAAUGUGAGUAUUAGUAAGCAAGGUUUAGCUUUUACAUGUCAGCUAAAGCCACUUUCUUCUUUCCAUCCUUGAAAGCUGGCUUCAUCAUAAGCUACCACCCCAUCACCAUUUUCUUUUUUGCCAUUCUUUUUGGUCCUUGGAACAGAAUCUACAUCAUUCAGAUCUACAACUUGCUUUGUUCACAUUCCAAACAUUCUCACUGAUCAAGUUGGGAAAAAAAUCAGAGUUUGUGUGCAAAUAAGUACUUACUGUGUGGAAUAAGCACUUUUGUAUUGAUGUGUGUGCCCUUUUGAGUGUUUUACUUUUGGAGAUCUAAUAUACUUGUGAGAAAGAGUGUGUUUUGGAAUUGGACUAAUUGGGUGUGAGACUAAGAGGAGGAUUCUUUGGUGGGGUAAGAUAUGGCCUCCGGUGAAGGGAGGCGGCAUCAUCAUGAUCUUGUGCCUCUUGCUGCAUUGCUUAAGAGAGAGAUGAAAAGUGAGAAGAUGGAGAAGCCUACUGUAAGAAUUGGUCAAGCUGCCCAAUCUAAGAAAGGGGAGGAUUACUUUUUAAUUAAGAUUGAUUGUCAGCGCGUUCCCGGGAACUCUUCAACGUCGUUUUCUGUAUUCGCGAUCUUUGAUGGACACAAUGGAAAUGCUGCUGCUGUUUAUACUAAGGAAAAUUUGCUAAAUCAUGUGUUGUGUGCUCUUCCUCGAGGGCUUGGGCGAGACGAGUGGUUGCAAGCUUUACCUAGGGCAUUGGUUGCUGGAUUUGUCAAGACUGAUAAGGAAUUUCAGAGCAGAGGAGAAACUUCUGGAACCACAGCCACGUUUGUGAUAGUUGAUCGGUGGACUGUGACAGUUGCAUCAGUUGGAGAUUCUCGUUGUAUACUUGAUACCCAGGGUGGUGCUGUGACCACCUUAACAGUUGACCAUAGACUAGAAGAGAAUAUUGAAGAGAGGGAACGUGUUACUGCAAGUGGAGGUGAAGUUGGUAGGCUUAGCAUUGUCGGAGGUGCUGAGAUUGGUCCCCUUCGAUGCUGGCCAGGAGGUCUAUGCCUUUCAAGGUCAAUAGGAGACAUGGAUGUUGGAGAGUUUAUAGUUCCAAUACCUUAUGUCAAACAAGUGAAGCUAUCAAAAGCUGGUGGCAGACUUAUAAUUGCUUCUGAUGGAAUAUGGGAUGCUGUAUCAUCAGAACUGGCAGCAAAAUCUUGCCGUGGUUUGCCUGCCGAACUUGCUGCGAUGCAGGUUGUCAAGGAAGCCCUAAGAACAAGAGGGUUAAAGGAUGAUACAACAUGUAUAGUAGUUGACAUAAUCCCACCUGAUAACGAAUUGCCACCAACACCUCCCCCAAAAAAGCGGAAUAAGCUGAAAGAUUUUUUUUCGUUCAAGAAAAGGUCCCGUGAUACUGCUGGUAAGCUGUCGAAGAAGCUUUCGGCUAUAAAUAUAGUGGAAGAAUUGUUUGAAGAAGGAUCAGCAAUGCUUGCUGAAAGAUUAGGAAAUGAUGAAAACUCGGGGCAAUCAACAUCUGGUCUUUUUGUCUGUGCUGUAUGCCAACUUGAUCUUGCUCCAAGUGAGGGCAUAUCCGUCCACGCAGGUUCAAUUUUCUCCACAAGUUCGAAGCCAUGGCAAGGUCCUUUUCUAUGUUGUGAUUGUCGCGAUAAGAAGGAUGCAAUGGAAGGAAAACGGCCUAGUGGAGUUAAAGUGUCAUAGUAGGCUCAAAACUGAAGUCAUUCUAUUCUUUAAGCCAUCUUUCAUUUUUUGUAAUCGCAAUUUUUAUAGGUCAAGUAAUUGAUUGAAUCUCGCAAUCAAGUAGCAAAGACUGUGACCUGGAAGAGAGGCCUGCACUGAGUUUUUGGGCGUAUGAAGAUUGUUCAGCUCUACCUGAUUGUUAGAGUUUGAGGGUUAAGAUCAGUGUGAGGUAGAUUCUUUUGUAUAGUAGACUAGUAGUUAUGUUGCUUAAUGUGCCACCAAAUCAGAAUAAUAUUGAUUAACUAUGCAGGCACCCCAACUUCCUGUAUAUAUAAACUUUUAAUCUGUAGUUACAUUUUUUUCAUUUCCA